AUCGCGGCCGCCAGCGCGCAGACGCAGCCGCGCUUGGCGUCCUCUGUAGCGGGCGACCUAGGCCGCGGGACCGGGACCGAGGUAGAGGCCAGGGCAGCGCGUCCGGGAGCGGAGUCCGCGCCCCUCGCCACCAUGCCGGACAGCUGGGACAAGGAUGUGUACCCUGAGCCCCCGCGCCGCACGCCAGUGCUGCCCAGUCCCAUCGUCUACAUGAUGAAGGCGUUCGACCUCAUCGUGGACCGACCCGUGACCCUCGUGAGAGAAUUUAUAGAGCGGCAGCACGCAAAAAACAGGUAUUACUACUACCACCGGCAGUACCGCCGCGUGCCGGACAUCACUGAGUGCAAGGAGGAGGACAUCUUGUGCAUGUAUGAAGCCGAAAUGCAGUGGCGGAGGGACUACAAAGUCGACCAAGAAAUUAUCAACAUUAUGCAGGAUCGGCUCAAGGCCUGUCAGCAGAGGGAAGGCCAUAACUACCAGCAGAACUGUACCAAGGAAAUGGAGCAGUUCACCCAGGUGGCCAAGGCCUACCAGGACCGCUAUCAGGACCUGGGGGCCUACUAUUCUGCCAGGAAGUGCCUGGCCAAACAGAAGCAGAGGAUGCUGCAAGAGAGAAAAGCUGCAAAAGAGGCUGCCGCUGCCACCUCCUGAGGCAGCUGUGGGUGCCCCUGCUGUGUGGCUCUGUGUGACUGUUGCUGAAACAUAAAGCCCUGCAACCUG